ACCGAUUACUACCUGCCUUAGGUACUUUUAGGUGAUAUCAUCUUCACGAUUGCCAAAAUACUUCCUUCUCAACGUUAUCCUCUGCCAUUUACCUAUAUCAAAUUUCUUCAUCUGGAAUUGAUUUAAUACUAUGAGCAAUCUGGAUUUAAAUGAUCAUGGGAAGUACCAGGUACUUUCUGAUGCAUCAUCAGAAAAUUCGAUGGUCCAAAACGAUACUCAGGACCAGUCUAAAAUAGUUAUUGCUCACAGAGGAUAUAGUGCCAAGCAGCCAGAAAAUACACUUGCUGCCUUUCGAGAAGCAGCGAACGCUGGAGUAAAGCAUAUAGAAACCGAUGUUCGUCUUACUAAAGAUGAGGUAGUUUGUAUCUCUCAUGACCGAAGUUUGAAACGCAUGUAUGGAGUAGAUACAUACACAUUUGACGUGGAUUAUGAACGCGAAAAUGGCCAUUUUCGAACCCUUCGAGAACCCUACGAACCUUUACCAACCCUUCAAACUUUCCUAAAAGAGUUAUUAAAGUAUCCCGGUGUCCAACUAUAUAUUGACGUAAAGCCCGACCUUGAUAUAUUCAUUAUCCAAAGAAUGGUUGAUACUAUGUUAGACAUCAACCUCGAUUUAAAGUUUUGGGAAGAUAAAGUAAUUUUUUGCAUUUGGUCUCGUCGUUUUCUUCCGGCUUGUGACAAAUAUGCUCCUAGAAUCAAAAUCUGCCAUCUUGGAUUCAACUUUUCUUAUGCUCAACAAUAUUUCGUGAUGCAUCCUCGUGUCAUUGGAGUAAGUAUUGCCGUUGCUUCGCUUUUGCAUCCUUCUUCACAGGAUUUUAUUGAUAUGGUACACGCUUUGAACAAGAAAGUAUUUGCCUGGUCCGUGAAUACCACCGCUGCCUUUUAUCUUUCAUUAAAGAGAGAUUGUGAUGGUGUUAUUACUGAUGAUCCCGUUGUAGGAAAGGCACUUUGUAAUGGCCCCAUUCUUACAAGAAACUGGUAUUGGUUUGACUACAAAGAAUGGGUCCUACUCGUUUUUGGAUUUAUUCGCGUAAAUAUCAUUUAUUACAUUAUUAGAAACCUAUUUUUAUAAUUUUUCCUUCGCCUUAUCUUAUGCUAACGUUCGCUCUUCCGUCAUGAUUUAAAACUUCUAUAGGAAUUGCCAGUUCCUUGUUCUAUCUAGCUGAGCUGAACUUGGUAAUCUAUUGUCCAAACUUGUGCCUUCUGUCUUGUUAUGAUCUGUUCUUUUUAUUCUUAAUUGUGUCUUGUGAAUCAAAUGAAGUUGUGUUUAUCGAGUACCCUGUGGACUCUGGACGUGCAUUUGCAGUUUUUUGUUUCUAUGUUUAUUUUACUAUUUUCUAUGUGAAAUCAAAAAUAGUCUUCUCAAAGUGUAUGCAGAUAUCAUAUCAAACAAGUAGACUGUCUCAAGUUUGACUACUGAAGUGCCAGAAAGCUAAAUUAAUAUAUUAGUCUUACUUUCUGAAUUCCCGCAUUCCUAAGAAUUAUAUUUUUAUAUAAAAGAAAAAACAUUUUCAUCUAAAU